AUGGACUAUAUGGUCAAACAAUCAGGGGGACAUGAGCACGUCGGUUUCACGCAAAAAGAUAUAUACAAUCACGUUGAUGCAAUGCGUAGAAGUGAAAUUAAAGACGGUGAUGCAGAAGCGGCAUUGGCUUAUUUGUGUGGAAAGGCAGAAAUGGAUUCUUCAUUUUUUUAUAAAUUCAACAUUGAUGAAGAAAGUCGACUAGUAAAUUUGUUUUGGGCUGAUUCAACUGCUCGAAUGGAUUAUGCGUGUUUUGGAGAUGUCCUAGCAUUUGACACAACCUAUAGGACAAAUGCCUAUAAAAAGCCUCUAGUAGUGUUGGUCGGUGUUAAUCAUCACCACCAAACUGUUGUAUUUCGUUGUGCGUUAUUGAUAGAUGAAAGUGUUGGGACAUAUGAAUGGGUGUUGGAGACAUUUCUUGAUGCAAUGAUGAAUAAGAAACCCAUAUCUGUUGUAACCGAUGGGGAUAAAGCUAUGUGUAAGGCAAUUAAAAAAGUAUUACCCGAUACGUGUCAUCGAUUGUGUUCAUGGCAUUUGCAACGAAAUGCAUUCACGAAUGGGCAUAUUAAGGACUUCUCAAGCAUAUUUGCAAGGUGCAUGUUCAUGCGUGGGAAUGAAGAAGAAUUUGAAAAGGUUUGGCAUGAAAUGGUUGCAAAUUUGGGACUUAAUGAGAAUCGUUGGGUGACCGAGAUAUAUGGGAAACGUAAAAGAUGGGCAGAGGCGUAUUUACGUGGAAAUUUCUUUGGAGGGAUGAGAACCACACAAAGGUGUGAGAGUAUGAAUGCAUGUCUAAAUAGAUUCUUAAAAAUUCGCUUGUGA